CACAAUAAGCCUCUUGAGCAUGUGGCAUUUGUUUGGAGCAUCAACACAAGCCCGGUGCUAUAUUUGAGUUUAGUCCUUAUAAGACAGAAGAUUUCAGAGCAGGUAUCAUGUAACAUUGAAGACAGAAGCUCAUUAUAUCUUGUUGGUAACCACUUCAGAAUUUCUUUGACUCUUUCCAAUGGAAACAGUGCCUAAUAGCUGUCUUGUCUACCCACACUCUUAAACUUGCCGGCUCUGUGCCAUGUUCUUGGCUUUUUCCUUCUGCUGCACUUGCCAUCUAUGACAGCAUAUUCUAUCCCAUCACACAUUGAAUACUUUUAAUAAACAAACAGCUUAGAAUUGAAUGUCCUAAACAGAGUCAACUUAAUAUUAAGUGCAAGUGCUAAAUACCAUGACCUGGAUGACUGACUGAGAACCUUUGAUACACAAAAAACCUUCAUGGUUAAAUGACUUGCAGUGCAAAAAGGAAGUGGAGCUGGUAUCCAUCACUCAUUCACUCUACAUAUAGGGACUAUCUCUCUGUCUCCCUUGUGUUUCCCACGAGAACAAGAAUAAGAACAGCUGUUGGCACUGUUGUGAGCAGUAAUCCCCUGCCAAUCCAGCCUCAUUUCAUUUUUAAUCAUUUCUGACUUGUGAGGACUCUGAAACAGUACACCAUUGACUUUUUAAAGGUUCUCCAAAGCAUUGCAAGGGGCUACUGUUGUGCCAGGGAUCAUAAAAGAGAUGCAUUAGUCACACCUUUGGACUGCCCGUGACUACUGACUUAACGAAGUCCAAGAGCUGAACCAACUUUACAUCCGUAUAUUGUGUGCAUAUACAGCAGUAUCCAAAAGCAAACCAACUUGUGUUUGCUGCACAGGCAUGUACACAAACUCAUAACUUAAAAAAUAACCUAAAGCUAUAUCUCAAAACAUUGCGCCAUCUUCACAAUGUAUUACAACAACAAAAGACAAUGCUAAAGAAAACACUAAAGCCUUAUUGUUUUCAAAUAACACAGGAAUAUGAAUAUUUCUAAAAACUGAACCCUCAAUUCUCAACAAAUUCCAAGCCUGACAAUGAUAUGGCACAGAAGACAUCCUAUAAACUGUGUAAUGUGACUGCUAGAGGUAAGAGAGACAGAUGCUCAAGCAUCAUACCACUGACAUGACCAAAUAAAGAAACACACAUGCGAUAGGCUCCCAUCACUCCGUAUAAAAAGGCACAGCAAACAUCGACCAAGGACAGGCACCCAGCAAAGGUAAGUUUCUUAUCUGUUUAAAUGUAUUUAACCAUUAAACAGUUGGUUAUACUUAGGAUAGCGCUAUGUACCCUUUGUAUCAAGUUUAUAUGGUGAAUUUAAGUAUAUUAUAUUAAAGUCUUAUCAUUAUACUUACAUUUAUUUUUCCUUGCUUUAUUAUAACAUAUACAAUAUUGUAUGAUAGAGUUAACUAUCAGAAAUAUUCUUUCUGAACCUUAUAUUUUUACUCUUUUUUUCAGAAGUCUGCAUUGAAAGUUCCAACAAAGACCCCUGCAUACCUGGUGUCAUCCAAGUAAGAGGUCAUCAUGAGUUCGGACCCUGAGAUGGAGUGUUUCGGCCCGGCGGCCAUAUACCUCCGGAAGCCAGAAAAAGAGAGACUAGAAGCUCAGAACACUCCGUUCGAUGCUAAAACAGCGUACUUUGUGACUGAGCCAGCAGAAAUGUACCUCAAGGGGAAACUUGUUAAGAGAGAGGGUGGCAAAGCUACCGUGGAGACGCUCUGUGGGAAGUCUAUCACCGUCAAAGAUACUGAAGUCUUCCCCAUGAACCCUCCCAAGUUUGAUAAGAUUGAGGACAUGGCCAUGAUGACCCACCUCAGUGAGCCCUCUGUGCUGUAUAACCUCAAAGAGCGUUAUGCAGCAUGGAUGAUCUACACCUACUCAGGGCUGUUCUGUGUCACUGUGAACCCCUACAAGUGGCUCCCAGUGUAUGACUCAGUGGUUGUUCAAGGAUACAGAGGCAAAAAGAGGAUUGAGGCCCCUCCCCACAUCUUUUCCAUCUCUGACAAUGCCUAUCAGUUCAUGCUCCAAGAUAGAGAAAACCAGUCCAUCCUGAUUACUGGAGAAUCCGGUGCAGGAAAGACUGUAAACACCAAACGUGUCAUCCAGUACUUUGCGACAAUCGCGGUGGCUGGAGCAACAAAGAAAGCUGAGCCAACUGCUGGAAAAAUGCAGGGGUCGCUGGAAGAUCAAAUCAUUGCAGCCAACCCAUUGCUGGAGGCUUAUGGUAACGCCAAAACUGUGAGGAAUGACAACUCAUCCCGCUUUGGUAAAUUCAUCAGAAUCCAUUUCGGGACAACUGGAAAGUUGGCUUCAGCUGAUAUUGAAACAUAUCUGCUAGAGAAGUCUCGAGUGACUUUCCAGCUGUCUGCUGAGAGGAGCUACCACAUCUUCUAUCAGCUCACGACAGGCCACAAACCUGAGCUGAUAGAGGCUCUCCUGAUCACCACAAACCCAUACGACUAUCACAUGAUCAGUCAGGGGGAAAUCACUGUCAAGAGUAUCGACGAUGUUGAAGAAUUCAUAGCCACUGAUACUGCCAUUGACAUCCUGGGCUUCACUGCAGAAGAGAAGGCAAGCAUAUUCAAGCUGACUGGAGCUGUGAUGCAUCAUGGAAACAUGAAGUUCAAGCAAAAGCAGCGUGAAGAGCAGGCUGAGCCUGAUGGCACUGAGGUGGCAGAUAAAAUCGCCUACCUCAUGGGUCUGAACUCUGCUGAUUUGCUAAAAGCACUUUGCUACCCCAGAGUGAAAGUUGGGAAUGAGUUUGUGACCAAAGGUCAGACUGUCCCUCAGGUCAACAAUUCCGUAAUGGCUCUCUGCAAGUCCGUCUAUGAGAAAAUGUUCUUGUGGAUGGUCGUCAGAAUUAAUGAGAUGUUGGAUACCAAGCAGCCCAGAAGCUAUUUCAUUGGUGUCCUGGAUAUUGCUGGGUUUGAAAUUUUUGAUUUCAACAGCUUGGAGCAGCUGUGCAUCAACUUCACCAAUGAAAAACUGCAACAGUUUUUCAACCACCACAUGUUUGUCCUGGAGCAAGAGGAGUACAAGAAAGAGGGAAUUGAAUGGGAGUUCAUUGACUUUGGUAUGGAUUUGGCUGCCUGCAUUGAGCUCAUCGAGAAGCCAAUGGGCAUCUUCUCCAUCCUUGAAGAGGAGUGCAUGUUCCCCAAGGCUACAGAUGUCACCUUCAAGAACAAACUCUAUGACCAGCAUCUUGGUAAAAGUGCCCCCUUCCAAAAACCAAAACCUGCCAAAGGCAAAGCUGAGGCCCAUUUCUCCCUGGUGCACUAUGCUGGCACUGUUGAUUACAAUGUCCAAGGCUGGCUAGACAAAAACAAGGACCCCCUGAAUGACUCAGUUGUUCAGCUCUACCAGAAGUCUUCAACCAAACUGUUGUCUCAUCUGUAUGCAUCACAUGCUGCUUCAGAUGCUGAAGGUGGUGGGAAAAAAGCAGGCAAAAAGAAGGGUGGGUCUUUUCAGACUGUAUCUGCUCUGUUCAGGGAGAAUUUAGGCAAAUUGAUGACCAACUUAAGGAGCACUCACCCUCAUUUUGUGCGUUGUUUGAUUCCAAAUGAAUCAAAGACUCCUGGUCUGAUGGAGAACUUCCUGGUCAUCCACCAGCUGAGGUGUAAUGGUGUGCUGGAAGGUAUCAGGAUUUGCAGGAAAGGCUUCCCCAGCAGAAUCCUCUAUGGUGACUUCAAGCAGAGAUAUAAAGUAUUGAAUGCUAGUGUCAUCCCUGAGGGACAAUUCAUUGACAACAAGAAGGCCUCAGAGAAACUCUUGGGCUCUAUUGAUGUUGACCACACUCAGUACAAAUUUGGACACACUAAGGUGUUCUUCAAAGCUGGCCUACUGGGAACUCUAGAGGAGAUGAGAGAUGAGAAACUUGCGAUCCUGGUCACAAUGACUCAGGCUCUCUGCAGAGGAUUCCUCAUGAGGAGAGAGUUUGUCAAGAUGAUGGAGCGCAGGGAGGCCAUUUACGGUAUCCAGUACAACAUUCGUGCAUUCAUGAAUGUCAAAACCUGGCCAUGGAUGAAGCUUUAUUUCAAGAUUAAGCCUCUGCUGAAGAGUGCAGAAACUGAAAAAGAAAUGGCCCAAAUGAAAGAGGACUUUGCGAAGACCAAAGAAGAGUUGGCAAAGGCUCUGGCUAAGAAGAAAGAACUAGAAGAGAAGAUGGUUUCUCUGCUGCAAGAGAAGAAUGACCUGUUGUUGCAAGUGCAGUCUGAAACUGAAAACCUCAGUGAUGCAGAGGAAAGGUGUGAGGGGCUUAUUAAAGCAAAAAUCCAGCUUGAAGCCAAAGUCAAAGAGACAGCUGAGAGACUUGAGGAUGAGGAGGAAAUGAAUGCUGAGCUGACCGCAAAGAAGAGAAAGCUGGAGGAUGAGUGCUCUGAGUUGAAGAAAGACAUUGAUGAUUUGGAGCUAACCCUGGCCAAAGUGGAGAAGGAGAAACAUGCCACUGAGAACAAGGUUAAAAACCUGGUUGAGGAAAUGGCAUCUCAAGAUGAGACCAUUGCCAAGCUGACCAAAGAGAAGAAAGCCCUCCAAGAGGCCCAUCAGCAGACCCUUGAUGACCUGCAGGCAGAGGAAGACAAAGUCAACACUCUAACAAAGGCCAAGACCAAGUUGGAGCAGCAAGUGGAUGAUCUUGAGGGUUCUCUGGAGCAAGAAAAGAAGCUCCGCAUGGAUCUUGAGCGAGCGAAAAGAAAGCUUGAAGGUGAUCUUAAAUUGGCCCAGGAAACAAUAAUGGAUCUGGAGAAUGACAAGCAGCAGUCUGAGGAGAAAAUAAAGAAGAAGGACUUUGAAACAAGCCAGCUUCUUGGAAAGAUUGAAGAUGAGCAAAUACUUUCUGCUCAACUUCAGAAAAAGAUCAAAGAACUUCAGGCUCGCAUUGAGGAGCUGGAGGAGGAGAUUGAGGCUGAGCGGGCUGCUCGGGCCAAGGUGGAGAAGCAGCGCUCUGAUCUCUCCAGGGAACUUGAGGAGAUCAGCGAGAGGCUUGAAGAAGCUGGUGGAGCAACGGCUGUUCAGAUUGAGAUGAACAAGAAGCGUGAGGCCGAGUUUCAGAAGCUUCGUCGUGAUCUGGAAGAGUCCACCCUGCAGCAUGAGGCCACUGCUGCAGCUCUGCGCAAAAAGCAGGCUGACAGUGUGGCAGAGCUGGGAGAGCAGAUUGAUAACCUCCAGAGAGUCAAACAGAAGCUGGAGAAGGAGAAAAGCGAGUACAAGAUGGAGAUCGAUGACCUCAGCAGCAACAUGGAGAAUGUUGCGAAAGCAAAGGCCAACCUGGAGAAAAUGUGUCGUACUCUUGAGGAUCAACUGAGUGAAGUGAAGACAAAAAAUGAUGAACAUGUGCGACAACUGAAUGACAUUGGGAUGCAAAGGGCAAGACUGCAAACUGAGAAUGGUGAAAUCAGUCGCCAGCUAGAAGAGAAAGAAGCCCUGGUCUCUCAGCUGACAAGGAGCAAGCAGGCUUAUACUCAGCAGGUUGAGGAGAUGAAGAGGCAUAUUGAAGAGGAGGUUAAAGCCAAGAACGCCCUGGCUCAUGCUGUCCAGUCAUCUCGUCAUGACUGUGACCUGCUCAGAGAGCAGUAUGAGGAGGAGCAAGAGGCCAAAGCUGAGCUGCAGCGUGCAAUGUCCAAGGCCAACAGCGAGGUGGCUCAGUGGAGAACCAAAUAUGAGACUGAUGCUAUUCAGCGCACUGAGGAGCUGGAGGAGGCCAAGAAAAAGCUUGCCCAGCGUCUUCAGGAUGCAGAGGAGUCUAUUGAGGCAGUGAAUGCAAAAUGUGCCUCUCUGGAAAAGACCAAACAGAGACUGCUGGGUGAAGUGGAAGACCUGAUGAUCGACGUGGAGAGAGCUAAUGCUCUGGCUGCUACGCUUGACAAGAAGCAGAGAAACUUUGACAAGGUUCUUGCAGAGUGGAAGCAGAAGUAUGAGGAAUGCCAGGCAGAGCUAGAGGGAUCUCAAAAAGAAGCUCGUUCUCUCAGCACUGAGAUGUUCAAGCUGAAAAAUUCAUAUGAAGAAGCUCUGGACCACCUGGAGACACUGAAGAGGGAGAACAAGAACCUGCAACAGGAGAUCUCUGAUCUAACUGAGCAAAUUGGCGAGAGUGGAAAGACCAUUCAUGAACUGGAGAAAGGGAAAAAGACUGUAGAGUCAGAGAAGACCGAACUCCAGACUUCACUUGAAGAGGCAGAGGCUACCCUGGAGCAUGAGGAAUCCAAGAUCCUCCGCAUUCAGCUUGAACUCACUCAGGUCAAGAGUGAGAUCGACAGAAAACUUGCAGAGAAGGAUGAAGAGAUAGAGCAAAUCAAGAGGAACAGCCAGAGGGUGAUUGAGUCUAUGCAGACUACUUUGGAUGCCGAGGUCAGGAGCAGGAAUGAUGCCUUGAGAAUCAAGAAGAAGAUGGAGGGAGACCUGAAUGAGAUGGAGAUUCAACUGAGCCAUGCCAAUCGCCAGGCCGCUGAAGCCCAGAAACAGCUGAGAAAUGUGCAGGGACAGCUUAAGGAUGCCCAGCUGCACCUUGAUGAAGCGAUCAGAGGUCAGGAAGAAAUGAAGGAGCAGGUUGCCAUAGUGGAGCGCAGGAACAGUCUGAUGCUGGCUGAGAUCGAGGAGCUGAGAGCUGCACUGGAGCAGACGGAGAGAAGCCGCAAAGUGGCUGAACAGGAGCUGGUUGAUGUCAGUGAACGUGUGGCACUGCUGCACUCCCAGAAUACCAAUCUCAUCAACACCAAGAAGAAGUUGGAAACUGACCUUGUUCAGAUCCAAGGUGAAGUGGAAGAUGCUGUCCAGGAAGCAAGAAAUGCUGAAGAAAAAGCCAAGAAGGCCAUCACUGAUGCAGCCAUGAUGGCUGAGGAGCUGAAGAAGGAGCAGGACACCAGCUCUCAUUUGGAGAGGAUGAAGAAGAACCUGGAGGUGACAGUGAAGGACCUGCAGCACCGUCUGGAUGAGGCUGAGAAUCUGGCCAUGAAGGGUGGCAAGAAGCAGCUCCAGAAACUGGAGGCUAGGGUUAGAGAAUUGGAGGCUGAAGUUGAUACUGAACAGAGGCGUGGUGCGGAUGCUAUCAAGGGAGUGAGAAAAUAUGAAAGAAGAGUAAAGGAGCUCACCUAUCAGACUGAGGAGGACAAGAAGAAUAUUGUCCGACUUCAGGAUCUGGUGGACAAGCUGCAGCUGAAAGUGAAAUCCUACAAGCGACAGGCUGAGGAGGCUGAGGAGCAGGCCAACACUCACCUCACCAGGUACAGGAAGGUGCAGCAUGAGAUGGAGGAGGCUCAGGAGCGUGCCGACAUCGCCGAGUCCCAGGUCAACAAGAUGAGAGCAAAGAGUCGAGAAAUCGUCAAGGUAAAAAAGAACUGUGCGAAAAUGAAUCGCGUUUGAUAAAAUACUCUUUUGAACGAUGCAUUUUGUUUUAUGGCUAAAUGUUUUACUUGCCGUUGUUCUGCUUUGUCAUUUCAGUCCAAAGAGGCAGAGUGAGGAAGAAAUCAAAUUUAACCAGUGACAAGAAGUCAUAAAAUAUGAAUGUCUUGUUACUUGUUCACUCAAGCAUGUUAAGCAUGCUGUGAUUACCAAAAGUCAAUAAAAACUAGAUAGAUUGUUGAAUCUUUUUUUUGUCUUUCGUCACAUUUUUGAAUGAUUUAAUGACUGAAGAUCAAACAUUCCUACAUACUUAAAUUUUUGUAAGCCUUUAAGGUCUAAAAUGACUCAAGAAAAUGAAAUCAAAAAUAGACAGAUAUAGUACUUGGCGAUGUUAGACAAUAUCAUACUGUACAUAUUUACAGCACAGACAUUCAGUAUGGCCCACAGGCCCAAGUUUAAAGUUUCAGUGAUUUACUGCUCAUUAAUCUUGACACUUGAAAGAAGAACAUGCAAAUAUUGACCAUUCCUUUAAAUUAAUAUCCUCAAAUUCUAAAUUUUGCUUCCCUAUAAAUCACAAGAUAUUGUGUGUCUGCGAUUAAAUGUGUAUAUCUUGUGAACCUAAAUACACAUACACUUAAUGUAUAUUACUAUGCAUACUUUGCAUUUGUGCAUAUUGCUCUGUUUACUGAGUGGCUAAAUUACAUGGUCCUACAUCACCAGCCUCAGUUUCAUGCUAUGAUGAGCACUGCGGUAAGGUGUUUACAGCUUUCAAAACUACCAUCCUUUAAAGGUUUGUCAACUCAAGUUUGGCGACUACGGUCUAAUUUUUUUUCAGACAUGGUUAAAACAAUAUUGUGUCACGGUAUUACUUCCAAUAGCUAAAGAUGUUGUUGAACGUAAUAUUUUUAAGAGCCAACUAAAUGAAUGGCUACCUUGUUUUUUUAAAAAAAAAUAAGCAGCUUGUGAGAUUUACACAGACAAGACUGCUAGUGUACGAUUAAGCUAACGCUUACUAACAGAAUAUAGCGGAACGUUAAGCUGCAAAUUAACGUUAAUGCUAAUUAUGCCUACAUGAAGUGUAUCAUCUUAAACUGGCGGUAAAUCAAACAAACAAACAAAAAGCCUGAAACGAAAGACUUUGCUUAUUAGAGAAGCUACAAAUGACUAGCCCCAGCUUAUUUCUGCCGGGCAAUUAUUUGUUUUAGCUCACCUUAACUUUACAUUUAGAUUAGACUUUUUAUGUCUGAUUAAGCUAACUUCUAACAUGCAUGGUUAAUUUUUCGAUUUUAAC